CAUGGGUAGCUAACCGGUUGUUAUCAACUUGGAGGAUAAAAACAUCGGGAUUUAAGCUUUUAGGCUUUUAUCUUCAUCAUGCUGAAAUCUAAAACCUUCGUUAAGAAGACCCGGUCGGGUGGGGUGAUGAAGAUAGUGCGCGAACAUUAUCUGAGAGAUGAUAUUUGGUGCGGAAGCGAAGGUUGCACUGAAUGCAAACAAGAGUCCACGGUGCUGCAGAGAGACGCGUGUAUUGAGAGCAAUCUGUGCAAUUAUCCACAUUAUCUGAUUCCUGACACGAAUGUGGUGCUGCAUCAGAUUGACGUGUUGGAAGAUCCUGUGAUUCGUAAUGUGAUUAUCCUUCAGACUGUGCUGCAGGAGGUACGCCACCGCAGUGCACCAGUCUACAAACGCCUGAAGGACAUCAUACAUGAGAAAGAGAAGUGCUUCUACACCUUUACCAACGAACACCACAAAGAGACAUUCAUUGAACGUGAACAGGGGGAGAGCGCCAAUGACCGUAACGACCGUGCAAUUCGUGUGGCGGCAAAAUGGUACAGCCAGCACCUGAAGACAUCUGAGUCCGACGCAGAUGGGCUCAAGGUGGUCCUCCUCACCAAUGACCAAGGGAACAAGCAGAAGGCCGAGGAGAGCGGCCUGCUGGUGUACAAAUGUGAAGAGUACGUCAAGAGUCUGAUCGCGAAUCCUGAGCUUGUGGAUCGUCUGGCUUUGUCCAAUGAUGACAUGAAUGAAAUCACAAGCAGUAAGGUGUUAUUCCCAGAGCACCUUCCUUUGUCCAAGAUCCAAGCAGGACUUAAGAGUGGCUCCUUCCUCCAGGGCACCUUUAGGGCCAGCAGGGACAACUAUCUGGAGGCCACAGUCUUUGUCCAGGGAGAGGAGGAAGACAGCACAGAGGUUAUCAUCCAGGGUCUUCAGAACCUCAACAGAGCUGUGCACCAGGACGUGGUUGCCGUGCAGCUUUUGCCACGGAAUCAGUGGGUGGCGCCCUCCUCAGUCGUGCUGCACGAUGAAGGCUCAGCAAAGGAUGAUAAUGCUGAUGAAGAGGACGAGGAGAAAGCGUUGAGGACACUGGCAGCUGAAGCAUCCCGGAAGCCCACAGGCAAAAUAGUGGGAAUCAUCAAAAGGAGCUGGAGGCCAUUCUGUGGGAUGCUCAAUGCCUCCCAGAUUAAAGAGUCAACCCGGCAUCUUUUCACCCCAGCAGACCGCCGAAUCCCUCGCAUUCGCAUUGAAACACGUCAAGCAUCCACACUGGCGGGCCAGAGGAUCAUCGUGACCAUUGAUGGAUGGCCCAGACACUCCAGAUAUCCUAAUGGUCAUUUUGUGCGUAGUCUGGGAGCUGCAGGGGAGAAGGACACAGAGCAGGAGGUGCUGCUACUGGAGCAUGACGUCCCCCACCAGGCCUUCUCUCAGGCUGUGCUCAGUUUCCUUCCCAAGAUGCCGUGGGCCAUCACACCAGAGGACAUGGUGAAGAGAGAGGACCUGAGGAAUCUGACAGUGUGCAGUGUGGACCCUCCAGGAUGUACAGACAUAGACGAUGCCCUGCACUGUAGAGAGCUGGACAAUGGAAACCUUGAGGUGGGCGUCCACAUCGCUGAUGUCAGUCACUUCAUCAGACCCGGCAACGCUUUGGACAAAGAGGCUGCGAAUCGCGGCACCACGGUCUACCUGUGUGGCAAAAGGAUAGAUAUGGUUCCUGAGCUGCUCAGCUCCAAUCUUUGUUCUCUGCGCUCCAAUGUGGAGAGGCUGGCUUUCUCGUGUAUCUGGGAGAUGAACCACAAGGCUGAAAUUCUGAAGACCCGAUUCACAAAGAGCGUCAUUAACUCCAAGGCAUCUUUGACCUAUGCUGAGGCCCAGAUGAGGAUUGAUGACACCACCAAGAAUGAUGAUAUCACCAAGAGCCUACGAGGUCUCAACAGACUAGCCAAAAUCCUCAAGAGGCAGAGGAUAGAGAAAGGGGCAUUGACGCUGUCAUCCUUAGAGGUCCGUUUCCACAUCGACAGUGAAACCCAUGACCCCAUUGACCUCCAGACCAAAGAACUCAUGGAGACAAACUCCAUGGUAGAGGAGUUCAUGUUGCUGGCCAAUAUUUCCGUUGCCCAGAAGAUUUAUGAUGAGUUUUCAGACUGUGCUAUGCUGAGGAAACAUCCAGCACCGCCUCCAUCGAACUACGACAUCCUGCUAAAGGCUGCAAAGUCCAAGGGUGUGGAGAUCCACACGGAUUCGGCCAAAGCCCUGGCGGACUCCCUCGACGUGGCGAAAGUGGAUGGCUUCCAGUAUUUUAACACGCUGCUGCGCAUCCUGGCCACUCGCUGCAUGAUGCAGGCUGUGUAUUUCUGUUCUGGCAUGGACAGCGACUUUCACCACUACGGCCUUGCUUCACCCAUUUAUACACACUUCACAUCACCUAUUAGGAGGUAUGCUGAUAUUAUAGUACACCGUUUGCUUGCAGUGGCCAUAGGAGCAGACACCACCUACCCAGAUUUAAUGGACAAACAUAAGCAGUCAGCCCUCAGCAACAACCUCAACUACAGACACAAAAUGUCUCAGUAUGCACAGAGGGCAUCUGUGGCCUUCCACACACAGUUGUUCUUCAAGAGCCGAGGCAUACUGAAUGAAGAGGGAUUUGUUCUCUUUGUGAGGAAGAACGCAAUCACUGUGCUCAUCCCCAAGUUCGGCCUGGAGGGAAUGGUCUUCUUUGACACAAAAGACAAGGCAGCCCCAAGCCUUGUUUUUGAUGAGGAGGGUCCCACUCUGAAGGUAGAGCAGCACACCUUCUCCAUAUUUGACAGGGUGAAGGUCACCAUCAGCCUGGACGCCUCCAAUAUUCAGCACCAGAAGAUCCGCAUGGCUCUGAUCGACCCUGUGAUCCCGGGUGUGAGUGUUCCAGCCCCAGAUGUUGAACCACAGGCCAAGAAACCCAAACUGGACUGCUGACACAGAAAGCAGUUUUUUCCUAAACCUUCUGCUCAACUUCCAGUUCGAGAAAUUGUAAAAGUCUGUUAAAGAACCAGUUUGGACUGUUUGGUGCAUCGACACAACUGACUGUUCAACUUUAAACAAAUCUAUUUUAAGAAAUGUACCACAGCAAGGCUACACUGAACCAGCCUCACAUGUACUACGCUUCUUGUAUAAUCAUUUUUUACUACAUGAAACACUUGUUGGUACAUAGUCAACGAUAACUGCAAGGGACUGGAAGUCAGUAAUACAGUGAACCUGACAAAUAACAGUGCAGUAGUCGACUCAGUCAUUAAAGUGUUCUUUUUCUUAACCCAUCUGGUUCUGUGUGUUUUUGUAGACCCACUAUGAAUCUUCAUCUGUAAAAUUGAAAUACCUAAAAGUGUUAUAUAAAAGUGUUCAUAAUGCUGAUGGAAACACAUUGUGACUGUGUACAGCCUUGUUUGCCAAUAGGAAUAUGUAUAAAAUUAAUAUCACAGCAUUCAUUCAGUAAAAGUGUGGAAAAUAUUUAGCAAAAUCCUGCAUUAAAUGAUUUAAUCUUACUUGAUUUAAAACCCAAUCAUUUUGA